UUUUAAUGGAUUAGACUCUAAACUUUAAACCUAGUCCUAAAUCAUCUUAUUUUCGAUCAUCACCAGGAUCAAAAUUAUCUUUCUAAAGUGAAGAUGAUAGAGAGACUGCAUUAUCAUCUGAUUUUACUCCAAAACCUAAACCAAAACCUUUAUAGGGGAUGACUACCACAACUUUUUCACCUGAAAUUGAAGAAACAUUUAAAAGUUCAAAUAAAGAUGUAGAUGUUAAAAAAACUAGAAGUAAACAUUUAAACUAUACUUUUAGAUACAAAGUUAUCAAGAUUUAGUACAUAAAGAAUAAUAACAGUAAAUGAAGGAGAUAAAGAUGAAGAGCCAGAAUAAAUAGAAAAAGAAAUUUAAUAAUAUUAAAUUCUAUACACUGAUAUAAUUGAUGAUUAAGCAAAAACUAUAGAAGAAUAAAUGAAAAAAAUGGAAGAAAAAAUUAAAGUAAGCCCAAAACUUAAUAAAAUCAAAUCCAAACCUAUUUCUAUGAGAAAUUUUUAAAAAAUAGGGGAAUCUAAAUAAGAUAAACUAAUAGAUCAUCCUUUUCGACAUCUAAUAUUCAAUCCUACUAUAUAAGAGGAGAUAUUUCAAAAACAUUUACGAAUAACAUAAAGAGGCUUAAUUUAUUCAAAAAGAUGUUUAAAAGGCCCUUCUGAUUAAUUUAUUGAAAAAAAAAAGAUUUCACUUCCCAAAAUUAAUCCUCAAAGAUUGAAUACUAUAUUUUUAGAUCUUGAUGAGACAUUUGUUCAUGCAUGUCUAUAAAAAGAAAACUCUUAAAUUAAAAUAAAUUAAAUAAAUGAUGAUGGCAGUUAAAAUGAAGUAAUUUUGAUAUCUAGUUUUAGAUUAAUAUCAAUAUUAGACCUUAUACUUAAUAUUUUCUAUAAGAGUUAUCAUAAUUUUAUACAGUCUACAUAUAUACUGCCUCUUCAUAGGCAUAUGCAUCAGCAAUUAUAAACUUUUUAGAUCCCCAAAAAUAAUAUAUAAGUGGAAUCCUACAUAGAACUAAUUGUAUGGAAACUAAAAAUGGGUUUUUUAUAAAAGAUUUGAGAAUUGUAGCAGAUUUAGAUUUAAAUAAAACUUUAAUAGUUGAUAAUUUAGUCCAUUCUUUUGGUCUCCAAAUAGAAAAUGGAAUUCCAAUUUUAGAAUGGAAUGAUAAUGUGGAUGAUGUAGAACUUAAAUAUUUACUUGAAUAUUUAGUUGAUGCAUCUGAACAGCCUAAUUUAAAAGAGUUCAAUGUGGCUCAUUUUUAAUUAGAAAAAUUAAUUGAUUACAUAAUUUAAUAGUGA